AUGCAACAGAGCAUUCGCACACAGCAGAUGAAUAUUGGGCAUAUGUCAUUCGCUGGUACUAAUGAGGAGCCCAUUGACAAAGUGCAAGAUGAAUAUAGCUCAAGUACUACCAUAGAUUCUACUGCUGACCUUCCAAAGAGAGUCUUUCGUUAG